CACAACUGAGCUUCAUUCAAGGCGAUGCCAGGGAGCUUGGCGACGGCAAGAUCCCUAGCUCAGCAGGAACCACCGCUUCCUCCGUCGCACGACCGACUGGCCGAUCCAGAUGAUAUUGUGAUCUCGGUGGGAGUCAUCGUCGGCUUGGCCAAGCUCUUGCUCGUUGUCUGGCGUGUUGUGUCGAUGAUCCGGUCCGAUUACAACGCUCAGAAAGAGCAGCACAAACAAAGGCUCAAGAAAGCGUUUACGCAUGGGGAGAACCUCCAGGAGGACUACGAGUUCCACGGAGAUGGACUGUUCAAAGCGCCAGAGACUGCCGACAGCUUCACCACAUUGCUUGACACGAUGCCUGCCGUGCUUCGCGUGCCGAGCAUGUCACUUCCCCGUGACCAACGCGACGAAAACGACGAAUUCGACGACCAACCACGGAAAUCUGCGACGUCGCAUCGUGUGAGCAAGCAGCAUCUUCCAACGCGUUCGUCGCUCACACCCCACGAGUCCAUGUCGCACUUCGUCGCACUCGGGGAGAAGUUUGAAAUGAAAGGGCUGCGCCCCUUUCGCAUCGACGACUCGCUAUUGAUCUCAGACGAACUUGUGGCGAAAGGCUCGUAUGGAGAAGUGUGGCGGGGCCGGUACAACGGUGCGACCGUCGCAAUCAAGACCCUCGUGUCCACCCAACCGCAAACGAUUGACCACGUUACAGUGUUUGUGAACGAGAUUCGUCUCAUGGUGGACCUGCACCACUCGUGCGUAUGCCAAGUCCUUGGGGCGUCGUGGCAGCCGUCCGGCGACAUCAAGAUGGUCAUGGAGUUUAUGCCGCGAGGCGACCUCACCACGCACCUCGCCAAGACGACGCCGAGCAGCUGCGGCUGGGACGACAAGGUGCUUCUGGCGCUCGACAUUGCCGACGGCCUGGCGUACGUGCACCACCGCAAAGUCAUUCAUCGGGACCUCAAGAGCCGCAAUGUCCUGCUGUGCGACAGAGCGGCGACUGCAGAGGACCACGCGCGGCUUGGCGCAAAAAUCACAGACUUUGGGCUAUCCCGAACGGUAAAGGAAGACGACGAAAACGCGUCUUGGAGCUGCGGCGUCGGGACGUACCGAUGGAUGGCCCCCGAGCUCUUUCUCAACAGUCGGUACACGUCUGCCGUCGACGUGUACUCGUUCGGGAUGAUUCUGUCUGAGAUGGAUUCACACCAAGUCCCGUUCUGGAACACGCGGACGCCCGACGGACAACUUGUCCAUGAUAUCGGGAUCAUGGACAAAGUGCGCCGCGGCGAACUCCGCCCCAAGUUUUCCUCGUCGUGUCCGGAAUGGAUAGAGCAGCUCGGGAUGGCAUGCGUCGACAUGAAGCCAUCCCUUCGGCCAACAGCGGAGCAGAUCAAGGCGAUCCUGCUCUUGCAUGUGGCAGACUCGUCGUUGUUUGAAUAACAGCAACGUUCUCGCGUUGGCUUGGCCAUGCGCCAUGUCCAGAUAUAGGUAC